AUGUCUCACGACGAUGUCCUUUCGGAGCGGCCUAUCACCAAAGUCCAGCUGGAUCCACCAACUCUCACUGCGCUGCUGCCCGCAAUCCGUGCCGGAUUCUCAUCCAACUUCAAGAACAGUAUCAUUGAGAUCACCCAAAGCCCGGACCUCCGUCAGCCUCCUUACUAUCUUGCGACACCGGGUCUGUCCGGUCAUCCACGCAUCGCAGAUGUUGGCGGACAGUUAUUUCUCGCUCCAGGACCGGAUUUCUCAAAGAAAUAUGAUCUCCUGUCUGUUGCACGUCAGAUGGAAAUGUCGACCGAAUGUGGACAGCUGAUCGGUGCCGCUGCCGGACCAUUUUACUCUCUUCAGAUCAACACAGAGCUAGCACCCAACAUCCACUGGAAACUGGAUAGGGAUCAGGCAACAGAUGUCCUUUACAAUGAGACGCAUUAUACCAAAAUCAUUGCAUCGGAGCCAGGCUACCGGUGCUCCAAGAUCGAUCAUGAGACCACCGGCUUCGGGCUCAUGGGCAAUCUUUAUGGCUCGGAUGGUCUCCCCGGCGACCUGCUGCACAUUGUCGCCAAGUCACGCAGUGGACCAUUGAACUUCGCAGCAACAAUUCAGGACGCUUUAGCCAAGUAUUUUGGGGACAAGUUGAUCUCCCUAGGCGGAGUGUUCGUUGUCACGCACGGAAAGAUAAAAGUACAUGUAAUGCCUGACUUUCCCGAGAGGAAGUUCGAGCGAAGAGCAGAUGUCGGGCCUUGGUUGAGGUAUUUCAAUCUGGAGGCACCGCUUGUGUGUUUGAGUGUGUUGCAUUCGGGCAAUGAUCGGGGCUUGAGUUUGAGAAUGGAACAUACUCAUUGUUUCUCUAUCAAUGAAGACGGUCACGCUGUGAGUGGUGGACAUUAUCAUUAUGACCUGGAUGAUACAAAGGACGAGGUUGAGUAUGAGGGCUGGUUCAAUAUUGCAACUGUUCUAUACAGGAUCGAUCAGCCCCCAAAGUAG